GCAAGGAAACACACAAUAAUCAGUUACGAGGCUCAACAUCUGUCCACCCCCAACGCUCUGAAUCCGCCCAACCGCGUGAUACCUUCUGUUUGCCCUAUUUGAACAAGGCAUCCUCCUCACUUUCCCCCCCUUUGCGUCCUCUUUUUCUUGUCAUUCUUUCACAGCCUAUUACCACCCUUCCAAAACGUCCAGCGUCCUCCAAUUGCAGCGGUAGCGAUCGCUCAAGCCCUUCGUUUUGAUUUCGUUGCACGAACGUUCCUAGACGGGGCUGCGAUAAAUACUCUGUCUCUGUCGGCCAGCGUGAGACACUCGAGCUCGUUCCUCCUUUUGACUGAAGCUUCUACAGCUUCGGUCGGCCUCCCGGAAUCUAAACAAUGCCGACUUCUUUCGAAGAUCAUUGGAUCAAUGAUCAAGUAGGGACCGCCCCCGUCUCUGAGCUUGAGGAUACCACCAUUGCUGUCGAUGCAUCUUACUAUCUGCAACUUUUCCUUGCCAAUGCGCCCUACCAAGAGCCACUGCUGCCAGCGCUAGGCGGCUUGACUGGCAUCCAGUCCCAUAUUGAGAGUGAUCUAGACAGCUGGAAAGCGCACAAAGCCACUCCUUUCUUCAUAUUCAACGGGCAAUCUGUCGUGGGAUCCGACGAAAUUGCGAUCCAACGAGGUAUUAGGGCCAUUGCAGGAACAGAUGAAGCCUGGAGCUUGUACUUUCAGAGUCAGGCCAACGAGGCCGUAUCGGCAUUCGGCGCCAAUAAGGGAGCAUAUCAUGUGCAGAACUUGUAUCCCCUUCUCCAGGGUAUAUUACACCGUCGUGGGCUAUAUUUCAAAGUAGCACCUGUCAACGCAGCUGCACAAAUUGCCUUUCUUAACAUGAUUGACUCUGAUCAAUGCUCUGCUAUCAUGGGUUCUCAAGAGCUUCUAUUAUAUCCCAUUCAAGACCUCGUAAUCCGUUACAUUGACUGGGAAAACCGAACUUUUACUGGGAUUCAGAAGAAGGCCAUCAUUAAGAAUUUGGGUGUGACUGAACCAAUGUUCAUAGACGCGGUUCUCAUGACAGGAACGUCUUUUUUACCUAGCUUCCCUCCUCUCAAAGAACCAAGCAUCACCCCUCGCCAGCCUUCGACUGUGCAAGACGCAGUCAAUCUCUUAAGAACUGCAGAGAAAUCUGUCACAAAUGCUUGCAAUUCCUUCAAUGAUAUACUGAGCAAAAGAGAUCCGAAUUGGCUACAGAAGUACCGAAGAGCUAGAAUGAGUGUCGACCACUUCGUCUUUAUCGACGAGACCGGCGAGAUCAAAGUUUAUAAUUAUGAGACUCUGACCCACGACAACUGGGAAUACUUGGGGUAUCGGCUACCAGAAGAGCUUUAUCAUUAUCUUGACCGUGGUCUUAUUGGAGCGCGUCUCCCGAGCUGGAUUUCCCAUGGUCAGAUAGUCGUUUUCCCGACUCUUGACGGAGUCAGUCCAGUGGAAUAUCGACACUUGGUAACUGAUCAGCUGAUGAACCUCAGGCUGCUUGCCAUUUUCCUUGUGUUGUCACGUAUGAAUAGGGGUAUCCAAUUUAAACCCAUCAAUAUCAGACUUUGGUAUGAUGAGAAGUACUCCCACAAGAUUGAAUACCGCCCGCAGGAUCCUCAGGCUGUAAAGGCUAUUCAACAAGUACAUACUUGGGAUGUCAAGGAAACUACUGUGAAGCAACAUUUCCCUAACGCCAAGCAUGGAAGCGUUCUGUUUGAGGUGCUGGCUUUGAAGAAUCCUGAUUUCGCCAAGUCCACAAUCACCAAAGCGAAGAUCAAAAACAUCGCCUCUCGUGAACUGAUCUUAUCCAACACACUCUGGAGGUACUUGCACCUGCGGGGCUACGUUAACGAGAACCAUCAACUCACAUCUUGGGGCGAAGCACUGGCCAAGUCACUUGAGGCGCUGAAGCCAACAGUUUCGAAGCAUUCCACUGUUCCUGGCCUGUUUGAAGCGGUUCUCCUUGCAUAUGAAUUACUUCGGCUUGAUCUGUUGAACACACGUAAUCAACACCCAGAACUGAAUGGAUUACCGAUGACUGGUAGCGAUGAUGAUAAAGCAAGCCUUCUGCUUAUCAGUCGCUGUACAAUUCUGUUGAAACUACGCCAUCAGGCCAAUGGCUACACCGGUCCUCUGAGUAAAAACUUUCUGUGCUUCCGUUCUCUCAGCUCGUCCGUUCGUGAGUCGUGUCGCGACCUAUUUGAAGCGAUUGUGGCAUCAUUGUUCCUACAUGCGCAGGCCGAGCGUGAGCGAGAGGACUAUCUUCAAAUUGGACAGAGCCUGCCAUUCUUGACGGAUACAGACGUCGCGCUCGGAAUCGCUGUGAAGACGUUUCUGGACGACGUCCAUCCAAACGAGUCCGCAGAACAGAAAGCUGCGAAGAAGGCAGACUUCCCAGGCAAAUUUGUGCCUUAUGCAACGAACUUCUACGAAGAUUUAGAUAUUGCCUGCGAUUUCUUCAACGCUCUCCACGCAGGAGUCAAAACUCUUACAACUGAGUUGCCCAAUGGUGACAUUAGUGUGUGGGACAAGGCUGCUGUCUAUCUCCAACUCCGCCGAUAACACAGCUAUUUCCUUGGAUGAAUGGCAAUGAGUACGGCAGAUUCUAACUGUACCUCUACUAAGUGCAAGGCCAAGGUAAAAAGCAGUGAGUCGAUGUGCCGUUUAAUCGGGCUGUGGAAAUUGGCGCCCGUGCAUGUGGUAUGCUAUCUUUAACGUGCGCGUAGAUUUCCUCUUUGACACUACAGUACUAUAUGUCUACUACCAUGUGUAUUGGACCACUUACUGCAGGGCAGGGCCAAGUAAGAGGAAGAGAGCCUGCAAGCACUAUCAAAGCAGAAUCUAGUGGUGGUGAUAAUGGCGAGCGACUCAGGAUGGGGCGAUUAGGAGACAUAGUAGGCUGUUUAUUCUAUACACGUAACUACGUCGUCUAGUCAAGAUAGAAUAGUAGUCUGAUGAAGCGAACGAGAUGUAACUACGAAAUGCGUGCCACCAAGCAAGGACUGAAGCACUUGGGAGGCGUCUGCUUUUGUCAAUAUAUAAGUACCAUUUCACUUGGACAUACCUACCAGGGCAAAAUGUAAAGCACCUAACACCUUCUAGCUGGUGGUAUUAGCGUAUGUGUGUCCGUUAGUUCCAUCUAUUUAUCACGGCUACACGUUAAAUCGAGUCUUAUCACACGACAAUUCGCGGGGUGUUGCGUUCGAAGUGCCCAACACUUAUAUAAAACGUGGGGUGGCCAACAAUGUAACACUCGAACAGUCUACUAGGUA